CAUAAAGGAAGCUACGACUGUCCUCACACAAACAGCAGCAGCAGACUUACACAGGAUGAAGAUGUUUGGAAGAAUGAUGAGCUGCUGUGUGGCUCUCCUCCUGACCUUCAGCUCUGUGUCAGCUGUAAGACGAGCGCUCAACUCAAUCACUGAUCUGAGGUCAGUAGGCUUUGGCCAGUCUGUGCCUGAGCAGAGCCUCUGGUUGCUCCACUGGUUUGCCAAUGAAAUUGACAUUGACAUAAACGGUGAGAUAAGUCUGACCUUUGACCCAAAUAGUUUUGAUUAUGGCUCACAUCAUUAUGGAAACUAUGAAGAGGUGUUGGGUCAACCGCCGAGGGGAUAUCAGUACUACAGUCUUGGUAAUAUCCAUCGACAAGGAUCUCUGCGGCUUCCACAGCAUGUCAUCCAAUCAGAGGAUGAGAACGGCAACAGGGCUCGGAUCAUAAUCAGAGUCUGGGAGCCAAACCAUGGACGGCAAACUUCACAGAUAAUAGACCGAGUCUAUAUCACACAGCAUUAUGAGACAUCUGAACAUCGAGGGACAGCGUAUGAUCCAGAACAUACAUAUGAGAUCACUACUAACCUCUUAAGAGCGAUCAGUAAGUUUUCCAUUAACAAUGAUAACAUCAAUUUACUGAUGUUUCUCAGAAACCACUUUAGAAGCAGCGCUGAUGACUCCCAGUUAUUGGAGAUAAGAAACACGUGGGGUGACCUCGCUUGUCUUGGACUGUUGCUGUUCAUUGUGAUCCAGAAGAGCAAUUCCUCUCAUGAACACAACAACAGACGGCAGCCAUCACAGAGAAGCAACGCACCAAGUGAUGCUGUGCUCAAUAUCACAGAGAGCAGGCAACAAGAUGCUUUUGUCUUCCCAGAAAGCUUCAACUCUACUUUGCAGGACGACAACACCUCUGUUUGUUCUUUGAUCUGUGCUGUCAUGAUUAUUGUUUGUUUCAUUGUUGGUAUUCUAUAUAGGGCAUUAUCACCUAAACAUUAAUUUAACUACAAUCAUUGUCAACACACAGAUUAAAAUGAAAUUUCUCACUUGUGGGACUAAUAAAGGAAUCUUAUCUUAUUAAAUUGAACUUUUCUAUUACAGUGUACUGCCACUGACUGCAAAACCCUUGAGCAAACAGUAUUUCACCAUUAAUCUUCUUCCUGCUGUCCUGAUACGCUCCCCGACAGGUUUUUCUUUUCUUUUCCAAAGCUCAGCCCCUAAAUUCUUUUUCAUUUAUCCAUAAGAUUGUUGAAAAAGUAAAUUCUUUUUAUUGGGCAAAUUUUGUUUAAUCUGCCUAUGCUUCCUUUAAUAGAGGGUGGCUUAACAUAACUAUGACCAUACCCUGAUUUAAAGCUGUAACUGAGUCAGCUAAUUUAUGGAUUUAUUUCUUGUUUGACUCUUGCCAUGCUCUUUUUGAAGUAGAGCUUGUCACCUGGUGGUGCCUUGAUGUGAAACAAAGACGGUGAUAUGACGAUUAGUUGCUCUGUUGCCCACUGCUCAAACAAAUUGCCUCAGAUUUUUUCCCAGCUUUGUCUAUUUCUAUUUUAAUAAUCAUGUAAUUUUUAAAUUAACACCACAUCAUCUCAUAUUUCACAACUUUACUGUAAAAGGGUUUAUUCAUUGUAUAGGAAAUAAACUCAGUUAGUUUGAUCUCACAUUGUGUGAUAAAAAGAAAAACAAAUUACCACCAGAAGACAAGAAUUACUGGGUUAUUACGUUGACUCCAUGUCCUGAGAAUCAGGCAGCUACAACACUUUGGUACAACCAGUUGAAUGACAGUUAUUCCAUUGUACACUUUGUCUCGAUGUGUUUAACUUCACCUGCUGUGCUAUAUUUGUAAACCUUCAAAAUCUACCUGUAGAAACAGUUGAAAUUAUUUUCACAUAAAUACAAACUUCAAACAUUGGACCAUGAAGGGCUCAGAGUCUUCAGGGUUUCACUUCUGCACAGGUGUUAAAUUUAUUUUUAGGAUGCAAGACUAGAGUAAAAACUGUCAGUGACCAACACAUCUUUAACAGGAGCUGAAGAAGACGUCAGAAUAUUAUAUUGAAAAGGUGUUUCCUUGCUUGGACUGAAAACCUGAAAGACUUAGAUGCCGGUCCCACAUUAUACAAUUAAAACUGCAUUCAUCAAAACAUCAGAUAACACCAAACAGCAAGACACUGUGUGAUGUAAAUGAAAAGUUUGCAAGUUCAAUAAAUUAAUGUAUUGUGGCAUAUGUGUUUGUAAAAGU